AUGGGGCCGAGUAAGGGGAAGGGGCCACUCAUCGCAAAAUACGCUCCUGUUGGGUUCAAGAAAGGAUUCGGGGCUAUCGGACUGGGAAGGCACACGAAAAAGGGCUUCUUUAUUAUUAACAAAAUGUUGGUGCCCAACUUUCGCGUCCCAGACCUCAGCGAUUGCAAAGUAAGAACGAGAACUUGA